AUGGUAAAGGAAGUCAUUGUCUUGGGUCACAAAAUUUUAGAAAAGGGUAUGGAGGUUGACCAAGCAAAAGUUGAAGUCAUUGUCAAGCUUCCUCCUCCUAUUUUUGUUAAAGGUGUUAGAAGUUUCCUUGGCCACGCUAGAUUUUAUAGAAGGUUUAUCAAAGAUUUCUCAAAGGUGUCUAAUCCUCUAUGCAAGUUGUUGGAGAAAGAAGUCAAAUUUGUGUUUGAUGACAUGUGCCUUAAAGCUUUUGAGUGUUUGAAAGAAAAACUCACUUUGGCAACUAUAUUUGUUGCUCCAGAUUGGUUGAAACCUUUUGAGCUCACGUGA